AUGACACCAACCAUGACGCGCAAGAGGAAGUCGGAGGAGAUCGAGGACCAACCUGCCGGGGCUGUCACGCCGACAGGUAGCCCAGCGCGCAAGAAGAUGAGGAUCACACUGCAGCAGAAGCAGGCGUUAAUGGACAACCUCCAGCUUGAGAUCACUGAACGAGCGCGACAACUUCGUGCAGGAUAUGCUCUCCAAUGCGCCGACCUUAGAGCUCGGAUCGAAAGACGCGUCAACAGAAUCCCUCUCACUAUGCGAAAGAUGACCAUGAGAGAACUCAUGGAACAGCACGAAUCUGCACGCCCAGCCAAGGAUGCGCCUCGAGCAUCGCCGCCCAAGCAAAAGACAUCAGUCGAGAUCCCUACACCCAGACGCAAACCGCUGCCUCCUCUCCCGCAAGAACAUGCCUCGACCAAGCUACCAUCCCCGGCUCGGCAACAAGCUCAGCAAGCUCCUACUCGAGGCAAGAAGCGCCCGAGCUCCGAGAUCCAGAUCGCUUCGGACAAAGAGAACGAAAGCCACCCCGACAAUCUCCCUGUGGUCAAGAACACCAAGCGCCUCAAAACCACAACCGCCCAGGCAACCAGCACCACUUCGCGGACAGCCAAACACACAACCACCUCAGUCCUGUCUCCCCGCUCCCAUAACUCCCGCACCCUCCCACGCUCACCGAUCAAAGACAUCUACCUCCCCACCUCGCCAGCGAAAAGCAUGAUUGCCCGUCCAACCACGGCAAUGUCUCCAGUGCGACCAACCUCGCCCUUCAAAUCAGCCGCUACCGCGGCGACGUCCGCAAUCUCCGCCAGCAUGCACGGGAUGUACGAACAAGCCAAACGCGGGGGAACCGCCACGGCUGCGAAAUUCACGCGGACAGCGUCCAAGGAGAAGAAAGAAACCGCAACAGCGGCAAAGGGCCAAAUGCUUCCUCCACCCAAGCCCAAGCCAAGCGCUCCGGCCUCUCCGCAACGCACGUUCUCACAAGCAAGCACGCACAGCAACUCGACCGAUGUUUCUACUGCAUCGAACGGGACCACCGUUGUGAAGCCCAAGCGUGGUGGCCGGACCGCCGCUGCUGUGUCGAAGACUGCCAAGAGCGCGGCCGAACCAGGGAGUCCGGUAGAGAAGAAGAAAGGAGGUGUGGCACGCGCGGCGUCGGCGGCGAAGACGGCGCUCAAGAGAAAUGCAGGCACUACCGGGGCAGCAAGUAAGAAGGUCGUGGUUGCAGAGCCAGCAGCUGGAAAGAGAGUGCUGAGGAAGAGGGCAUAG